AUGGAAGCACGCAGAGCUCAACUUCUCACCCAGCUCCAUGAGCUGCAGCUCUGCAGGAAAAUGGUCGUCGAGCAGAAGGUGGCGCAUGCGGGCGAGCUCAACGACCUCCGUCAGAAACGUCAGCAACUGCGCGAUGCCGUGACAACGAGUCGUAUCCGGCAGCUUCAGGAUCAGGUCGAGCUUGUCCUCACGUUCACAGAGCAUCUUGAAUCGUCUGUGGGCACGAUUCAGGCCGCCGUGGACGAUCUCGCUAUCAAGACCGGGAAGUUGAUUCAACAAGUAGCCCGUCUCGUUACCGACACCCACGAAAGCUCAAUCCGAAGGACGAUCGCCAUCAACAUAGAGUACGAAUUGAAGCGGGCCUUUCUGGCGGAGUGGUUUCCGGAUGCUCAGCUGUCACAACGCACUUUCGCCGAGACGAUGCAGCUUCUGAAAGUUGCGAGUUCCGACGUUCACCCGGCUGAAGACAUAGAGGGAAAUCGAAUGACUCUGGCUGUGGCUACCGCCUUGUUGGAGUCUGAAUUCGAAGCGCCGAGCAACUCGCGACAGGCUGGGAAACAAUGGGAGGAGGAGAACAAGAAGACCGCAAUCUAUUACCUGAACAAACUGGCUCAGAUUCGGGAGAUGGAGAAGAGCGACAGGUUGCUCUAUAGGUCUUCCGCGCCUCACUUACCUUUUCCUAUUGGACCAGUGGGUGGUGGGGACAACCGCAACUAG